AUGGCGAAAAUCGGCAUCAACGGCUUCGGCCGGAUAGGCAGGAUAUUCCUACGAGCGGCCAUCGAGAAGAAGGCCGAAGUGACGGCCAUCAACCAGCCUCACCACGAGCCCAAGUACCUGGCGUACCUCUUCAAACACGACUCCGUGCACGGGAGAUUCGACGGCGAAGUCUGCGCCGACGACAAUCACCUCAUAGUGAACAACCAGAAGAUCGUGAUAUUCAAGGAAGAGGACGGGAAGAAGGUAAACUGGAAGCAGGCCGGCGCCGAGUACGUGAUGGAUUGCUCGGGAAGGUACACCACGGUGGAUAAGGCGUCCGCUUUCCUCCAGGGAGGCGCAAAGAAGGUUAUAAUCUCGGCCCCGUCCAAGGACGCUCCCAUGUAUGUUCCGGGGGUCAACAUGUGCUGCUACAAGACGACGGAUAAGAUCGUAUCCAUGGCGUCUUGCACCACGAACUGCCUAGCGCCGUUGGCGAAGGUGAUCCAUGACAAAUUCGGCAUAACAGAGGCCCUCAUGACGACCGUGCACGCCGUUACGUUGUCCCAGAACAUCAUAGACGGCGCCAAGGACAAAAACUGGAGACUGGGAAGGAGCGGUAUGACCAACAUCAUCCCCUCGACCACCGGUGCCGCAGCUGCAGUAGGCAAGGUCAUUCCAGAACUUCAGGGCAGACUCACAGGUAUGGCCUUCAGGGUGCCCAUAGCCAACGCCUCCGUGGUGGACCUCACGGUACGGUUCUGCAAAGAGACCGACUACGACACCGUCAAGUGCGAGAUCCGGCAGGCCGCAGAGAACGAGAUGCGCGGCAUCCUCUGCUACACGGAGGAGGACAUAGUCUCCACGGACAUCAUCGGCAGCGGGUGCUCGUCCAUCUUCGACGCCAAAGCGGGCGUCGUCCUCAACGGCAACUUCAUGAAGCUGAUCAGCUGGUACGACAACGAGUACGGCUACUCCAACAGGAUGGUGGACCUGGUGGCCUACAUGCACAAAAUGGACUCGGAGGAGGAGUGCUCGGAGAAGAAGAAGGAGGAUAUGUGCGCCGGAGGGGAUAAAGGGAAGGGUAGACCUCCUGCGAAGAGUGGGGGUAGCGCUCCUGCGAAAAGUCCGAGCCCUCCGGCAAAGAAACCGAGCGCUCCCGCAAAGAAGCCCAGUGGUCCGGCGAAAAGUCCAGGAAAGGGUUCUGGGAAGGGGAAGAAGUGACACUUUACGUAUUAAAUGU